AUGACCGAUUAUUUUAAAAAACAAAACCCAUCUUCUUUUUCAUUUUUGAAUUUUUUAUGUUUUAAAUUGUUAUAUGAGAACGAGAGAGUGAGUUGGAAAUCGAAGAAAGAAGAGUUCGAGUUGUAUUGUCGAGAUUUAAAACUUUACCUUCGGGAUCAAGUUGUUAUUGAAGAUUUAAGAGAAAAAUGGAGUGAACUCAUUGAAUCUCAGGUAUGGUAUCUCUUUUGGGAUCCUAGUACGGCCUGCUUUGCUCGUGGUCCCGAGGGGAUCCUAGAAGAGAAAGACUCUCAAGAAGUUCAGACGUUAUGGAAGGGUGUGAUGAGCAAUACCGGCGGAAUAACCUUUUACUACUUCAUGGAUGAUCUCAAAAAAGAUUUGGAACAAAAUAUGGAAACCGUCUUAGAUGAAGAAAAGGAAGAACUAGAUAAUCAAAUUCUACUCCAAGAAGUAAAAGAUCGAUAUGAAACUUUAGCUAGUGAAUCUAUUUAUGAAAUUAUACGCAGAAUCUCAGAAAAAAUGAAAUCUAUUGACCUUGCCAAGCUCUCGUUUAAUAACCCGUUACUCUCAUUUAUAUUGGACCUGGAUCGAAUUGAUCCUAUUAUUAAUGAUUUGAUACCAAAAUCUUUACUGGAAGAAGCAAGCCAAUAUGAAAAUGUUCGAAAUUGGAAGGGUUUUACGACGGAAUUCAUAAAGUGGAUCGAUAGCUUAUUAAAUGGUCAGGAACCUCAAAAUCUAGAAAGACAGCAAGAAGAGUGCGAAUACAUCAAAAUUAUGUACCGAUCCUUAAAAGAAGUGUGGGACCGUGGUCGAUAUCAAAAUAAGCUAAAAGAUGAUUGUUCGAUCCUUGAAGACACACAUAUUCACGAGAUUAUGCAUAAUAUCAUAUACAAUACAAUUAAAGAUUCAAACGGGAAGAUUGCAAUAGACUGGACUCGAAAGACUUCGGAGGAGGGAAAUGAAAAAGUCGACUUAGACUAUGACAUAUGGUUAAGUCAAAUGAAGGCAACUGAACGGAAAAUACAACAAACUACAUUCCGAUCACGAAACAUUCCAGACUGGAUGGCACAGUAUCGUAUUGGUGAUUUUUUGUACGAGUUUUUGUAUGGUGAAGCCGCCGGUCCACUGUAUCGAUCUACUACUGUUCGAACUGAAGGAAAUCGUCGGAAAUUAAUUCGUUUUAUGUCUCGAAGU